AUGGAUGGCUGUUCUGGACGUAUGCGACGAUUGCCGACAUUUGUGCCGCUAUCACAGUUGGAGCCAGCUACAGGACUCGAUUUUGAGCCCUGGCACAGUGAAGUCCAUUCUGUGUCGUCGGAAGGUGUGAGGAGGGCGUUUUGCGGGACAUGUGGGGCGACCGUAUUUUUUUGGACUGAGGAAAGGAGGGCGGUGGUUGAUACGGCGAUGGGGUUGGCCAAGCGCGGGAGGGGUUUUGGCGGAGUCCUGAGUGACGUGGAGGAGCGGGAGGGUGAGGUUAUAGUCGGGGGAGAAGUGUGA